AUGGCUGCAUCUCAUAAUCGACCAUCAGCAAAAUUAUGUCCAAAAACGAUUGAUCUAUUUUCAACUUCAAAUUCAACGAGUAAUUCUCCAUUUUUAAAUGCAUUUACAUCAGGACGAAUUCCUUGUCGUCUUGUACAUGGUUCAGUUCGAAAUCGUUUAGCUUGGAAUACAUCAAUUGAUGAUCUUAAUUAUGAUCCUGUACUUGUUUUAUUAGCUGAAGGUUUACGUGAAACAGCACAUCCAUUACCAUUUAUAAGUCGACAAGGUUUUACAGAACUUAUGUCAAAUAUAAAUGCACGACAAAAAGUUAUACCAAUUUUACCAAAAUUAAUUAAUCCAAUUAAAUUAGCAUUAAGUUCAAAUGAUGAUGAAGUAUUUGAAGGAGCUUUAAAUGCAUUAAUACAAUUAAGUACAGUAGUUGGAAAUGAAUUAGAUAAAUAUUUAAAAACUUAUUUAAGUAUUUUAGCAAAACGAAUGUCUAAUCGAAAAUAUCGUGAUUCAGUAACAAAUGCAUUGAAUAUUUUUGAAGAAAAUGGUGAAAAAGAUAUUUUACCGGUGAUUAAAUCAAAAAUACCUACUUAUUGUAGUGUACACAUUUAA